CAGCGCGGGUCCAGACUCUUAUUGGGAACAAGCGACUGCAUGUUUACGCGGGCGCCAGUGGAUGCGACAGUGUGGCUACGUUGAAGGCACAUGAUGAGCUUCAAAAAGCUGCUUGUUCAUCUGUCAGUUGGUCUUCUCAGUCUGUUGCUGAGUUCAGAAUGUGACCGUGAAGUCAGACUGGUCGGAGGCGGGUCGUCGCGAUGCUCCGGCAGGCUGGAGGUCUUCCACGGCGGCGUCUGGGGGACGGUGUGUGACGACCACUGGAGCCACAUCAACUCCGACGUGGUGUGCCAGGAACUGCAGUGCGGCUCCACCCUGGCGUCCAAAAAGAGCGCCUAUUUCGGGGAGGGAAAGGACCAGAUCUGGCUGGACGAUGUGGAAUGCACCGGGAAGGAGCUGUCCAUCCUCAAGUGCCCGCACAGGCCCUUUGGGGAGAACAACUGCGGGCACAGUGAAGAUGUCGGUGUGGUCUGCUCUGAUCACGUGAGAGUUAGCCACGGAAACAACCGGUGUAGCGGCCGACUGGAGAUCUACCUGGGGGGCCACUGGAGCAAGGUGUGCAGCAGCGAGUGGAGCCAGGUCGAAGCUGAGGUGGUCUGCCGGGAGAUCGGCUGCGGAAAGCCUCUCGCUUCCACGGAUAUUCUGGAUUUUGGAGAACUGCGUGAAGCCUCCGGGGUCAAUAGCAAGUGCUCGGGGAACGAGAGCUCCAUCUCUCAGUGCUCGCAUGAAUCCAUGAAGGGGGACUGCGUCGUCGCCAGCGUCCACUGCUCCAACAGCCAACCUCUUCGGCUGGUCAACGGGACAAACAGGUGCUCGGGACGAGUGGAGAUCUUCUACCAGGACCAGUGGGGGACGGUGUGCGAUGACAAAUGGGGGCUACAGGAGGCGGCUGUCACCUGCCGUGAGAUGAACUGCGGGGCUCCGCUGGCUGCCAAGUACCACGCCUUCUUUGGCGCCGGCAGCGAUCAGAUGUGGUUAGACGAGCUGGAGUGCACCGGCCACGAGAAGGCCCUGGUAGACUGCCCGCACAGAGGCUUCGGGGAGCAUGACUGCAACCAUAAUGAGGAUGCUGGUGUGAUAUGUUCAGAAACACUCCGAUUGACCAACGGGACGACGCACUGCUCAGGCCGACUGGAGGUCUUCCACAACGGCAACUGGGGCAAACUGUGCAAUCACAACUGGGGCACCAAAGAGGCCAAAAUGGUGUGCGAGGAACUCGGCUGCGGACCUCUUUCCAAAACCGCUGAGUACUUUGGCGACAGCGAUCUCGCUGCACUCAGGGGCGCGUGCCCGAGAGAUGCCACCUCGUUCUCCCAGUGUUCCGUCGAGGGAACCUCCGACACAUGCAGAGGGGUGUCGCUUUCAUGCGCAGGUACUCCAUCGUUAAAGCUCGUCAACGGCACGGACCGGUGCUCCGGCAGGGUGGAAAUCUUCCACGACGGCCAGUGGGGGACAGUGUGCGACGACUCCUGGGACAUCAGGGACGCCCAGGUAGUGUGCCGAGCUAUGGACUGCGGGACGGCCAUGACGGCCAAACACGGCGGCUUCUUCGGCGAAGGCACCGGAGAUAUCUGGCUGGAUGACGUGGAAUGUGUGGGCAACGAGUCGUCGCUGGCCCACUGCACGCGUUCCCCCUUUGGAGAUAAUAACUGUGGUCACGCUGAGGACGCUGGCGUGGUGUGUUCAGCCACCAUCCGACUGAUAAAUGGCACCGACCAGUGUUCGGGGCGGGUGGAGGUGUUCCACAACGAAGGCAGAUGGUCGUCGGUCUUUAACGUCAACUGGGGGAUGAACGAAGCGGCGGUGGUGUGCAGAGAGAUGAACUGCGGCGACCCCGUCAAGACUUCGGGCUCAUUCGGGCGCAGCGGCGACGUACGAGGAUACAAGGUCAGCUGCGCUGGCAGGGAGAAUUCCCUCACCCGGUGCACGCUGAGGGAUUACGACCGCAGCGGCCACGAUCUCAUCGAGGACGCGUCUGUCGUAUGCUCAGGCAACGUGAGGCUGGCGGGUGGACCCCACCGUUGCGUCGGGAGAGUGGAGUUCUACGAAAAAGGCCAGUGGGGCAACGUGUGCGGUGAAGUGUGGGACAUGAUAGGCGCCACCGUGGUGUGCCAACAGCUGCACUGCGGCAAAGCUCACCAGAUCACCACGAUGGAGGAGUACGGCCACGGCUCGGGACACACCUGGAUCGACCAGAUGGAGUGCAAGGGCAUGGAGUCCACGUUGGCCCAGUGCCGCCGUACUCCAUUCCUGGACAGAAGGUGUAACGCCACGUCCAUUGCUGGCGUCAUCUGCACAGACAGCCUGGGGGUUCGUUUGGUGAACAGCGAUGUCGGGUGCACGGGCAGAGUGGAGGUCCAGCAUGGCGAUGUUUGGCACUCGGUGUGCGACGCCACCUGGGACCUGAGCAAAGCUCAAGCGGUGUGCGAGCAUCUCGAAUGUGGCCGAGUCGUGAGCGCUCCCGGCGGGGCGCAUUACGGCCGGGGCAACGGACCCGUGGUGGAGGCGGACGACUUGUGUUUUGCCAACGGCACGGCUCUUCAGCAGUGCUCACGUGGAGGCUUCAACAAGUCGACGUGCGGGCACGAACGUGAUGCUGGUGUUUCCUGUGCAGCCAAGGUGAGGUUGGUCGGCGGCUGGAGUGGAUGCUCCGGCCGGGUGGAGAUCUUCUAUCAGGGCGAGUGGGGGACCGUGUGUGACGACCAGUGGGAGAUGGUCAAUGGCGACGUGGUGUGCAGGCAGCUGGGCUGCGGCCACGCCGUGUCCGCCCCCAUCAGCGCCCACUUUGGCAGAGGCACUGGCCCCAUCUGGCUGGAUAAUGUGGAGUGCGCGGGCGAGGAGGCGGCCAUCACGCAUUGCCGCCAUCAGGGAUUUGGGGAAAAUAACUGCGGACACAGUGAGGACGCUGGUGUUAUCUGCUUGGGUUCUCUGGAGAAGCCUCAGGUGACGGUGAGUCCAUCUGUGGAGGUCAACUGGGGCGACAGCCUGGAGUUCACCUGCAGCAUCCUGACGGAGCACAUGGGCGGCACCUUCCUCUUGAAGAAAAGCCAAGGCUUGUUUAAAAUCCAGAAGUAUUCCGAGAACGAGGCUGCGACCUUCAUGCUCCACAAAGUCAACUUCAGCCACCAGGGCUCGUACUUCUGCGAGUAUCAGAAGAAGCUGUCAAAUAACUUCAUCUACUACCCUCAAGGGAAUCCAGUGGAGAUCACCGUCAAAGUGUCGCUGGAGAAGCCGUUCAUCACCAUGACGACCUUCCAGGUGAUGGUGGUCUACAGCCCGCAAGAGGUGUCAGUCACGCGAGGGAGCAGCUUCUCCAUCACGUGCUCUGCCCACUCCUUGUACUCCAAAGGCUUCUUCUACCUGAAGAACACAAACACAAACAGCUCCGUCACAAAGCCGGCGUUUGGACACUCUGUCUUCUACCUGGCCUACUUUGAAUUCCCCGAGAUAGAAGACAAACACCAGGGAGCCUACGUCUGCAUCUACGCUGUCAACAUCUCCUCCAGGGUUUUUUGGUCCACUCCCUCCCAGUCGCUGUAUGUCAGUGUUGUCGCAACAUCGUCUUCGUCGGUGGUCUCAGGACUUGUGAUUGGGCUGGUGCUGCUGCUGCUGCUGCUUCUCAUCGUGGGUUAUCUGGUGUGGAGGAGGAGGAGGCAGCAUGCUGGCACCGUGGUUCAGUUCAGUAACAGGUUCGGAGGAGCCAUGAAACCGCAGUCGGACGAACGAGGCAACAGAGCGCUCGACGGCGGAGACCGGAACCCGCCCGUGAAAGAGCGAGGAGCACGCCGCCUGCAGGAGGAGGACAAGGCUGCUGAUGUGGACUUGGAGAACUCCGUGGAGGAAGUCCCAGAGGACCUGGCGGGCCGAGUGUGUUACGAGCUCGAACCACUUGUUCUCUAAAAACGUGGACAUCAUGUGGCGACAUGACGCAAACGAUGAGGCCUUGUUUACACUCAGUACACAACGGACACUUCAUUAGGUACACGUGUGGCAUGUGAUGCCAUCCAGAACACGUUUGUGCCUACUAUUCCUAUUCAUCGAUGUCGUGUCAUUGCAAGCCUUCACAUUCACAUACCUUCACAUUUUUACAAUAUAGUCCGUUCAAAGAUCCUCUACGUGACGGGAAUUCUGUUUUUUUAGGACCUGCUACACAAACGCUAGUCAAAGAUCCUCUAUAUGACAGCCGUCUGCCGUUAUUAGCAAUAUGCUGUAAAACGCUGGUGAAAGAUCCUCUAUAUGAUAGAAACAAACUGCUGUUUUUGAGGUCGUGUUUCAAAAAUUAUAGUCAUAGAUCUUCUAUAAGCCAUGGACACUCUGCUGUUUUUUUAAGACCAACUUUAAAAACAUUUAUCAAAGAUCCUCUAUAUGACAGUACCCUGGUGUGUUUAGGAAUCUGCAGCAAAAACCCUGGUCAAAGAUCCUCUAUAUGACAGGAGCACUCUGCAGUUUUUGAGGACCGACAUCAAAAACACUAUUCAGAGAUACUCCAUAAGCCAGGGACACUUUGCUGUUUUUUAUUUUUACUUACUUUAAAAACACUUUUCAAAGAUCCUCUACAUGACAGUACCCUGGUGUUUUUAAGAAUCUGCAGCAAAAACUCUGGUCAAAGAUCCUCUAUAUGACAGGUGCACUUUGCAGUUUUUUUAGGACCUACAUCAAAAACAUGAUUCAGAGGUCCUCUAUAAGCCAGGGACACUACCAAUGAAUAGUCCAUCGUGUUAGCUUGUGAGGGUGUACCUAAUGAAUAGUCCAAAUGCUGACAUGUGCUUCAGUGAGGUUGUUAAACAAACCUGGAAGUGGUUUGACAUAUUUUUCCCUCUUGAGCGAGAUUGAAAUGAAACACGUUUUGCUCAUAUUUUGUAUUUGUUUUUCCAGAAAGAGAACGUCAGUCAUGAAGCAGAUGAUUCCAUGCAUGUCAGUGAUAUCUUUGCUUUGCUUUGUAUAUUGUUGCAUCGUGUUGUUUGUUGUCGCUGCAGUUGUACGUGCCAACCAAUAAAUGUGUCUUUCCUACAGGGCGUGCUUGA